AUGGCCAUCGUCCUCGGUCUCCUCCUGUGCGGACAAUUCGGCUGGCCCGAGAUGUUCUUGUACAAGUACGUACCUUGGCUUGGGCCGCAGUCGACACCAAUUUGGCUGGGUCUGGUAGAGGGCGCAGUAUUUCUCUACUUGGGCAGACGCCUUCCCAAAUCGCCUCCUGCCCCCUUAUACUUCAACAUGUCCCAGCGUCCACUCUUUUGGACGCCAUUGCCCCUUUGUUAUCGUCAACUGUGCGAUGAGCCAGAAGCUUCGCAGAGCAAACCCGAGAACCAAGGAGAUCGUAGACUUCCGCCUUCGAAUGCGUAUGAGAUCGGACUCGAUGAAGAUGAAGAGGACGAAGAAAAGUCUAUCAAGUCGAACCAUCAUUCCAACACCCAUAGUCUUACCCUCGCGCCCGCAGCGCCUUUGAUGGGAAAGCCCAAAGCGCCUCAUCAAGACGUCACUCGCGGCGACUAUCCCACCUUUUCGGGAGGAGGGCCGGCAGAUCCUGGUAGACAGGUGCCUACGGGUUUCCUGGAGCGGGCCAAAGACGGCAGACUUCUCAAGUUUGUGAACGAAAACGGACAGGAAGUAAGCCCACAAGUGCAAACGAACCCGAGACCGGAAGAGUUGGGUGCCGUGAGGGGUCAUCCCCGCCGGAUUGAACCCUCUGGUCCGGAUGGAGACCGAAAGGAAGGACGAGUCAUACAGGAUCGACUGCCGCCGAGAACGCACUUCAAGGGGAGGACACCUGCAGCUCUGAAUCUUGACGGAACAGAGAAGGCUAUGACUUCAAGGAAUGCGCCUGACCAGGCUGCUCCAAAGCCUCCCCCUGUCCGCCCGAUACCAAGACAUGUCCAACAGGUCCGUGACGAAAUGACCAAUAGUCUGUCUCGCGUCAACUCUAAGCGCCAGUCAACUCUGUCAAGCGUGUUGACCAUAUCUGCCACCAAGGAUCUGGGACCACAGUUCCCAUUACCUCCCACACGCUCGUUCUCUGCCGACUCUAUAAGCUCAUUGGGUAGCCCCAAGCCGGCGGUGACACAACCUCCCGGUUCCGCCACCACAGCGCGUAUGCAUAGCGAACGAGGUAAAGGGCCGCCCCCAAGAGAACUUGAUCUCCCAAAACCCAAGGAGAGAGGAAAGUCUCGACCCGAGUCAACGAUACUCACGCCCAAGUCACCCGCCAAGAGUGUGCGUGAGCCACCUCUCACGGCGCCGCCUCUCUCUCCUACCCACAGUCAAUCAGGCCCAUCGAUACCACGGCCUCUUCCUCAGCAUAAAUGUUCGGCCACACUACAAGCGCACUUGUCCGGGCCUCCCGGCAAUUUGCCGCUCCGAUCAUCUAUGGCCCCGUCCGCUCUCACUCGAUCCGAGUCCUCCAGAUCGGCCAAGGGUACCAGGCUCGCUCAUGGCGUCCGCUUCAUGGACAAGGUAGAGGAAAGGUCUCCCUCCCCUCCAUGUACCGGGCAGACCGGGACGACGACCGCUACAACAGCUACGACAGAGGGCUACAGCGACGACGAUGAGAUCACAGCCGAAUUAAGGAGUCCAGCAAGGAGAGGCGUUAGGGUCCCUGGGACCAACUUCCAGCUUCCAGCAGUAUCAUGGCCUGGCAUCGGGUCGGCACGUAGAGAGUCAUUUGGUCAUGACAGUACACGAGGGAGCGUCCUCUCGGACAGCUCACUGGAAGACUUGAACACUAGUUCGAGUGAUGAUGACUCGCUUCCGUAUAGGAAAGAGACAAGCGCAAAGCCAAAAGACGCCCAUGAUAGGAAACGAGCCAAUCCUUCAGCCUCAAAAAGGCCGAAGACUGUAGCGAUAUUGGGCGGAAGUUAUCUUGAUGGCCGUAAAGAAACACGAGAGAGGAGGCCUUCUAGCAUGAGCUUCGAUUCGAGGUCGUCCCUAGGGUGAAGAUGUGGAUGUGAUGUAUCAUAUUUCCAGAAUGUUGUAGAUCUG